UCGCUGGGCGAUCCUCGCUCCGGUUCGAACCGCCCCGACUCUCUGGUGUUCGAGCGCCGUCUCCCGGCGGCAAAUCUCGACCUCGCCCGAUCAUCGCCCGCGGCAUUCAUCGUCUUCUCUCCGCAGCGAUGGUGCAGAAGCAGCACCACAAGUCCAACGCAAAGAAACAGCCUCACGUCAAAAAGCAGGGGAAGCAAGCGGAUAACACGCAGUUCCGAGCUCAGCUUGAUGCUCUGGGCCUGAAAAUUGUCCAGGUGACUGCAGAUGGUAAUUGCUUUUUCAGGGCCCUUGCAGAUCAGUUGGAAGGCAAUGAAGAAGAACAUGGGAAGUACCGUAGUAUGGUUGUUCAGUACAUAUUGAAAAAUCGUGAAAUGUUCGAACCAUUUAUUGAGGAUGAUGCGCCAUUUGAGGAGUAUUGCAAAACCAUGGACAAUGAUGGCACAUGGGCUGGUCAUAUGGAAUUGCAAGCAGCUUCUCUUGUUACACGGAGUAACAUUUGCAUUCAUCGGAACAUGUCACCUCGGUGGUACAUACGCAAUUUUGAUCAGCCUGGUGCUCGUAUGAUCCAUUUAUCUUAUCAUGAUGAGGAACAUUACAACAGUGUGAGGUUGAAGGAAGACACUGGAGAUGGCCCAGCUAGGCCAAUUACAAUCAAGGCCGAUUCUAAUCUCUCGUCAUCGUCUCGCCAAGCAAAAGCUGGGUCAAAGAAGUCUAAAUCAGGAUCUGGUAAGGAUAUUACUGAUGCUGGAUCCAUCAAGCUAGUCAUGGCUGGAAGUGGUUGUGAGAACAUUGAGAAAGUUGAGCAGACAUUGCUGCAAAUGUAUGGGGAUGUUGAUGCUGCCAUAGAGUAUUUGAUAGCAGAAAAAGGUCUUGAAGAUUUUUCAGAGGAAGCUGUCCAGUCUCCCUGCAAUGCAGAUGCUUCUCAUGGUGAUGAUGCCAGUGGAAAUUCUGAGGAACAGAGAGAGGAACCUGGGGAAGAGGCCAAUAAAGAAAAUCCACCUAGCAAUAGCGCUAAACGGACUCAUGAUGAUGGCAGUGCCCAGCGAGAAGACAAGAAAAUUCCAAGAAACAAGAAUUGUCCAUGUGGUUCAAAAAAGAAAUACAAGUCCUGUUGCGGGUCAGGGACAGGGAAAGUCUCCCAAUUUCCAAGUAUUUCUCGUUCUCUCAGUGCUUUAUAUGUCAAGUUAUAG